AAGGUUCCUUCGCGCGACCGUCCAGCUGAGCAGAUCCCCGCGCUCGCGAGGUGAGCCAGGAUUUGAGGAGAGGUAGGAGAGCACGCGAAGACUUCACACGCUCGGCUCGGCACAACAUGCACGUCCUCGGCGUCCCGUUCGUGCUGCUUUGGCUUCUCUCCGGCUCCUCCUGCGCUCUCGGUGGGAAAGUCAACAAGCACAAGCCUUGGAUUGAGACCUCCUACCAUGGAGUGAUAACAGAGAACAUGGACACGGUGCUGCUGGACCCCCCACUGGUCGCGCUGGACAAGGACGCUCCGGUUCCUUAUGCUGGAGAAAUUUGCUCCUUCAAGAUCUUUGGUCAGGAUGCCCCUUUUGAGGCAGUGGUGUUGAAUCGCACAUCAGGAGAAGGAGUCCUGAGAGCCAGCAGUCACGUGGACUGUGAGAGCCAGAAGGAAUACACCUUCAUCAUCCAGGCUUACGACUGCGGUGCCGGCCCCAGUGGAGACAACUGGAAAAAAUCUCACAAGGCAGUGGUUCACAUUCAGGUGGAUGAUGUCAACGAGUUCAGCCCUGUGUUCAGAGAGUCUCUGUACAAGGCGUCAGUGACUGAAGGCAAGAUCUAUGACAGCAUCCUGCAGGUGGAGGCUUGGGACCAGGACUGUUCACCGCAGUACAGUCAGAUCUGUAACUAUGAAAUUGUGACUGGGGGAACCCCAUUUGCCAUAGACCGCAAUGGUAACAUCAGAAACACAGAGAGACUGAGUUAUGAAAAGCAGCAGAGCUACAGGAUUAUGGUGUCUGCCUUUGACUGCGGUCAGAAGAAAGCAAAAGAAGAUGUGGCAGUUCACAUUGAAGUCAAGCCUGUCUGCAAACCUGGAUGGCAAGGGUGGAACAAGCGAGUGGACUACGAGCCGGGGACUGGAAGCAAGCAGCUCUUUCCCAAGAUGCACCUGGAAACGUGCGGUGGUCCGCUGUCAGGUGUGAAGGCCAUGGUGGAGCUGCAGACAAAUCACAUUGGAAAGGGCUGCGACCGUGAAACCUACUCUGAAAAAUCUCUGCAGAAACUUUGUGGAGCUGCCUCAGGCAGCACCGACCUCCUUCCUGCCCCGAGCCCCUCCACAAACUGGACCGCAUGUCUCCUCACCGACAGCGGACGCGAGAGCGACCUCAUCUACAGGUUUGACGGGCGCCAGGCUGCAAACGUUCCGUUUCACGUGGUGCCCCAGAACCUGACAGACCAGUUCACCAUCGCAACGUGGAUGAAGCAUGGGCCAAGUCCUGGACUUAGAGCUGAGAAGGAAACCAUACUGUGCAACUCUGACAAGACAGAGAUGAACCGCCACCACUACUCUCUGUACGUUCACAACUGCCGCCUGGUGUUCCUGCUCAGGAGAGAUUUCACGCAGAUUGACACUUUCCGACCCGCUGAGUUCCACUGGAAGCUGGAGCAGAUCUGUGACAAGGAGUGGCACUACUACGUGAUCAACGUGGAGUUCCCUGCAGUGACGCUCUUCGUCGAUGGCGUGACCUUUGAGCCGUACCUGGUGACGGAUGAUUGGCCGAUUCAUUCCUCAAAGAUUGACACCCAGCUGACUGUGGGUGCCUGCUGGCAAGGUGGCGAGGUGGCAACACCGAGGUUCACCCAGUAUUUCCACGGCAGCCUCUCGGGUCUGACGAUCCGACCAGGCCGCAUUGAAACCCAGAAGGUUAUCUCCUGCUUGCAGGCCUGCAAAGAAGGCCUUGACAUUAACUCCCUCGAAAGCCUUGCUAAGGACAUAAAGUUUCACUUCAACCCGGCCCAGUCGGUGCUGGUGGUGGAAGGAGGGGAUGUGGACAGCAUCAACAUAGCCAUGACCAAAGUCUCUUACAUCAACUCUCGGCAGUUCCCCACACCAGGCCUCAGGCGGCUGCACAUCUCCACGUCUGUACAGUGUUUUGGAGAGGACACAUGUGUCUCCAUCCCGGACAUCAAGGCGGUGGUCAUGGUGCUGCCACCCAGUGAACCCAGAAUCACCAUAUCAGGAUCCAAGCAGCUUGUCAGACCCGCCAGCGACCUCCGCGGCCCGCUGGGCGUGGCGCCCUUCAAAGAGCUUCGGAUCACCAGCACGGUGAUGAAGGGCGACAGCUUUGGUGGAUUCCGCCGGCCAGGAGUGAUGGAGGUGAUGCAUAACCUGGACUACUGUGAUGUGCUUGUAAUCGGAGACGAACUGGAACCAGAGAGAGAGAGCCUGGAGAUUCAGCACAGUGCUUUACUGGGAAAACACCUCGACGCCACCAACUCCACCUCUGGAAUAUCAGUAUAUGGUGUGGAUUCCAUGGCCCACUAUGAGCAGGUCCUCAGACAGCUGCGCUACAGGAACUGGAGACCUGCCUCUCUGACGGAGAGAAGGUUCAGACUUACCUGCUCCGAACUCAAUGGACGUUACACCAGCAACGAGUUCAACCUGGAGAUCAGCGUUCUUCACCACACUGCAGCCGUGGAGCACGUUAAUCACAUGGCCGCCCCGUCCCAGUACAUGAGAGCGGUCCAUCGCCCUCUGAUGAUCCACACUAUGAACUCACACAUGUCAGGUCCAGCGCCCCCUGCGGCCACGGUCGUCAUUGUGGUGUGCAUCGCCGCCCUGGUGAUCAUUGUGGUGAUCGGGAUCUACAGGAUCCACGCCACACAUCAGGAGAGCUCCAGAGAUGAAGAGGAUGAAAUCAAGGAUCCAGAGUCGGACUGGGAAGGCUCUGGCCUCAACAUCACUGUCAACCCCAUGGAGGACCUGAGAGGACCCCAGGCUCUGGGAGAAGCUGCGAGAGGAGAAGAAUGUGAGGAGGAGGAUGAAGAAGACGACGCCGAGCUGGUGGGAGGCAUGACGAUCGUUGAAUCAGACAGCAGUGAUGAAGACGAAGAGGAGGGGAACAAAGGAAGAGACGAGGUUAACGGGAGGAAGCAGAAGGGGAAACCUGAGUGGGACAGUUCAUGUGGAGCAUACUAAGCACACACACAGGAAUCCGUCUACACAAACACAGUGGCUUUAUCUCUCUCAACUGCACACACACACACACACACACACACACACACACGUACACGCACAUACACACACACACACACACACACACACACAUACACUAUGCAGGCAUUAACACAUGCUUGUCACAGCUACAGCACACACACACACACACACACACACACACACACCACACACACACACACACACACACACACACACACACACACAAAAUUGUCUAAUAUAAAUUACAAUCUUUUGCUGGAAAAAUACACAAAUUCUCCCAUGUUGUCGUUUUUGAAGUAAUAUCGCCCUCUUCUGGACAAACAUUAUACAGUUGGCUGCAGUGCCACAGUGCUGGAAAUCAUUAUCUGAGUCUUUGUCAUUAUUCCCUCCUCUGGCAGUGAGGCAGAGCAUCCAUAAACACACAAAAUAAGCACGUGUCAUUUCACCGUGUGUGUGCGGCUGUGUGUGUGUGCGGCUGUGUGCGUGUGUGUGCAUGUGCAGACAAGUCUGAAGUUUUUUCUCAUAACACAUAAAACUUAUCUCUUGUCCCUGAAUUUAGUACAGUGUGCAACAGAAAGUAUUCAUAGUCUAAACUUUUCCAGUCAUCUCAACACGUUGCCACCAAACUUCAAUGUUUUUAGCUGGGAUUUUACGUGAUAGACCAACCCAGAGCGACACUUCAAGCCACCUGCAGCCUCUCAUGUUUUCUAUCAACUUCUAUUCGUCCUCCAAAGACCAGCUUAUCAGUCUGUGACAAAUAAGAGCAUCCCGCCAGCAUGAUGCCACCUCCACCCUGUUUGCAUUUCAUCCGAAAAGUUCAAUGUUGGUCUCAUGUGAGCAGAACAUCCAGCUCACAUGUUUACUGUGUCAUCUAGUUGGCUUGUGGCAAAGUGAUAAUGGGGACUUUUUAAAUUCUGUUUCUUUAAACAAUGCCUUCCACACACGCAAUUUUGAUACAUUGCAGAAAUUGCAAAACUUACGAUUAAGUAAAUAACAUAUUCUCAACAAGCACUAUACUGAUGUGGAAAAAAAAACAUUCAGGAAAUUUGUCACAUAUAUAAUCUUUUGACAGAUUCACCCACCUGAGCUUUGAUUCUCUGCAGCUCUUCCAACACUACCAUGGGCCUCUGAGCUGCAGCUUUGAUUAGUGCUCUUCUUCCCAAACCUCUUAGUUUAGGUGAAAUUUCCUUUCCUGGUUUAUUUGCAUCUUUGCAUAUGCAUAUCGCAUAUGUUUAGAUGUUUAGAUGAUGGAUUGAACUGCACUUCUUGAAAUGGCAGUGUUGCAGUGGAUUUCAUUUACCUCCACAAUGUGAUACUUUUCUUUCCCCCUUUCACAUUUGUGAACUCGUUUGUCCUGGUUCCUCACAUAGAAUCCCUUCAAAAUGUCUGGUUGUAAAAGGACAAAAUGUGGGGCGGGGGGAAAAAAACCUAAGUUUACAAGCUAUGAAUACUUAAGCAAAGCGCUGUACACGUGUCCUAACAUUACUUUUUGUCUUCACGUCUUAACCGCAUUGUCUGCAAAUCCAAUGUAUGAAUACAUGUGUCCAGAGGUUAAUAUAUGCAUAAAACCUUUAGAUAUAGAUUAUUGAAUCUAAAUAUUCUGUGUGGUGUAACGAUGUUGUUGCUCAGUGUUCGUCAUCCCUGUCUGCAGCCUCACGCCUCCUUCUUGUGCAUGAGCAGUGCUGUGGCUCUGUGGCCCGGGAUCUCUCACAACAAAACAUUCCUCAUUUCUUAUAUGUUGCAUACAGUGACAGCAACAGAUUAUACGUAGCAGUCAUCCCUCCUUUAGUUUUUGCUUGGUUUUUAAAGCCAACUUAAUCGUGUUGUUUUUAGCCCAAAAGCUUUCCUGUCUUGAAUCGGAAGUCUUUAAUCGCAUAGUGGUACUUUAAUUCAAAUCUGAAGGCCAACACUGGCCUGAAGAUGAAAUGUAAAGAGAAGCUGAUUUUAAAAAUUGUGAUUUCCUGGUUUGGUUAAAGCAAUAUGUAUGUGAGUCUACAACUUACACAGGACUUUCAUGAUCUUAGGCAUCACCGUAAUUACCACCCAGCAUCACCCUGCAGCAAGGUUGAACUCUGAGAAAUAGCGGCAGAAGAGAUUUUUAUUUUUUUAAGUUUAAAUGUAAUAUGUAAACAUAAGUCAGUCUGACUCGGAGGUUCCCUCUCCACCUCCUCAUAACCAUUUCAGCCUACAGUACCAAUCAGAAGUUUACAUCCACUCAGCAUGAGCAUGAAUAUUAUCACUUUUGAAUUUAAUUUAGGUCUAUUCACACACACAUAUGCACGCACAAACACACGCACUGUUUUAUUAGUUUUAAUUACGAAGCUGGGUGCACUAAUUAGAUUUUCUUUUGAACUUUCUCUAAUACACACAAUGGCAAAAUAGAUAUUUACAUGUAUGCACGUAUUAGGUCAAAUGCACCCUAAAUAUUAGAAUAAAUGUCUCUUAGCAUCUUGCAGUGCAAAUAAAUCGACCAAACGAAUGAUACACUCAUGCUGAUAAUGAGUGGAUGUAAAAAAACUGACCAGAACUAUAAACAUUUGUGUGUUGGUGCUUUUCACCCACCCAUUAAGACAAAAGCAGUUUAUAUCUUGUUGCAUUUCUAUAUGGAUGCUUGUUUAAAGCAGUAUUUCUCAAUUCUGGUCCUCACGCCCUUCCUGCCCUGCAUAAUUCAGGUGUUCCCCUUCUGCCACACACCUGGAAGGAAUCUGUGGGUGAUUAACAGGCUUCUGCAGUACUUGAUGGUCAUGAAAUCAUUUCAAUCAGCUGUUCAGGAAUAGAGGCACAUCUAAAACAUGCAGAGCAGGAGGGCCUGAAGACCGGAACUGACGAGCGCUGGGUUAAAGGGAAGAGCCGACGUUUUUCAGAGUUCGCCUUCUCUAAAAUGUUUCCAUAAUCCAUAUCUGCGUCCUAAUAACAGCCCCACGAAUCCAGCUUUUAAAAUGUGCAUUUCGUUUCAAAUGAAAGGCGAUCCACAGAGCACAUUAUGCAAACGUUUCCACCGACCGAGCAGACCUGCUUGACCACAGCAAACCCUCCUCUGCAAAAUCUGUGGAGCGCCCUUUGAAACUCCCAUCCUGAACCUUGAGAGGAAAACUGUUUCUUGUUCUGCAGUCACUGACCCUCCAGCUAUGAUGAAACCAGAGUCAUCCUUAACUGUGAUGACUUCACCCUAAGAUUCAUAUUAAGUGUCCAGUAUGUAAAGUUAACCUGAGGCUAGAUUGGCUGGGAAAAACCACAGCUUGGUUCCCCCUCCUCUCCUGUGAUGUAUGUGCUCUCUAGCAGACAUGUCGCGUGUCCACCUGUCCUUUAAACACCUGUGCUCGUGGUGUCACCAUUGUGAAGCAGCUGCCCUGUUUUCUUUAUCAUAAUAUGCUUCGUAAACAGAAAGGAUAAAGAGGUUCUUUUACAUAUAAAAUUAAACCCUGUAAAAAUGUUUAAGACCGUUAUUUUAUAUAUCUGUUUCCUUUUCUUUUUGUAAACUAAAUAGUUGGGAUUUAUCUCUAUCUGGUGGUCAUCCCACAGCUCUCUGUAUAUUGAUCAAUAAAGAAUUGUUUUAGACUCUA